AUACCUCUUCUCACUUCACUUCUCACUCUGUUUCUGUUCAAAAUCAAACCUCUCGACCUCUAAACCCCUAUACUCUACAAACUACCAUCAUAAUGAAGCCCAAACAACCCUCACCAUUUCCAUCCCCUCUCUUUCUCUUUCUCCUCCUCUUCCUUUUUCUCUUUCCCAUUACAUCCUCUAUUUCUCCCACCGCCGCCCCAACCUCCUCACCGUCGCCGUCGUCCUCCUCGACCCUUGACCCGAAGCAACUAAGAGCCCUUCAAUCUCUGAACAUUCCCACUUCUAGAGACCCAUGUUCUCCGUCUUCCCUUCACAAUGCCACUCUCUGCGACUCCUCUGCCCCCUUCCGCCACCUUCUUUCCCUUCGCCUCGCCUACUGCUCCGACGACGUUGCUUUAUCCUUCACUGCCCUCAAGUCCCUCUCCACUCUCCAAUCUCUCCAGUUCCUCAACUGCCCCAUUUCCCCCAUUCGCUUCCCUUCCGAUCUCGCCUCUUCCCUCCGCUCCUUCACUUGCAUUCAUAGUCUUCGAAAGCUUACUGGCGUCUGGCUCAGCCGCCUCCGGAACCUGACUGAGCUCACUGUCUCCGAUGUCUCUAUUACUGCCUCUGGCCCUUAUGUCAUUCUUGGCAAUAUGAAAUCUCUCAGGUCUCUUACCAUUUCUCAUGCCAAUCUCACGGGUUUUGUUCCUAAACAUCUUCAUCUCAACCUCACCCAUGUCGAUUUUUCCGGCAAUAAGCUCAGGGGAAAAAUACCCACCUCCAUUACAUUGCUUGAAAAUCUUGAAACCUUGAAUUUGUCGUUAAACUGGCUCAAAGGUGAAAUCCCCACUUCAAUUGGGGACUUGAUUUCGCUGCGAAACUUGUCGUUAGCCUCUAAUUCACUGUCCGGACCAAUCCCGGAGUCUUUUUCAGCCAUCCCAGGGCUAAUGCAUGUUGAUCUGGGUUCCAACCAGUUGAACGGGACGAUUCCUAGGUUCAUUUCGGAGAUGAAAAGCUUGAAGUACUUGAAUCUAGAGAACAAUAUGUUUCAUGGGGUAAUUCCUUUCAAUGAGUCGUUCAUCAAGAGGUUGGAAGUGUUCAAGAUUCAGGGGAAUAACAACCUAUGCUAUAACCAUUCGAUAUUAUCGUCGAAGUUAAAUCUUGGUAUUGCUCCUUGUGACAAACACGGUAUGCCGAUACCCCCACCGCCGGCUAAAGACGCCGACGAUGGUGAUUCAGUGUCGGAUGAUAGUGGGAGUGAUUAUGAUGGGAGUGAUGAGAAUGAUGUUAGUCACAAGGAAGACAAUCAUCAUCACGGGCCCAACAAGGUAGUUCUUGGAGUGGCAAUUGGGCUCUCUUCCUUAGUUUUUCUCAUUGUUUUCUCGGUUCUCUUGUCCAAGUGUUGUCGUUGAGAUUACACAGCUUUGGAAUCGCCAUCAUAAGUUGGAUUAGAGUAGAAACAUUAUUUUGGAAACAGAGUUUAAUUCAUCAUCUGAUCUCACACAUAAGUACGAUAUUACACUUGUCAAUGAGAAAAAAUCUUUUUGUUUUUUGUUUUAAAUUCGGGUGGGUGAGGAUGGAAUUGAAUUGGGUGCCAGUGGUUCCAUUUUCUGGAUUUGUAUGUUCAAUGAUUUAUUUUCUUAACUUUGAUGGUGAAAUAUCCGGAAAAAGAAUUACAUUUGCAAUUCAUAAUGAGAGACAUGUUAUCUUCA